AUGGACAAAAGCUGGAUGCGUAUUAUCGACCGAUUUAGGUCAGCAGAAUAUAGGGAAGGGGUAUAUCAAUUCAUUACAAUGGCCCAAGCUCAUGCAACAACAAACAAUAUAAGGUGUCCUUGUCGUACCUGUCGUAAUAACUUUUUUCAUCCUAUUGACUUGGUGGAAAGACACUUGUUCACCAUAGGAAUUGAUGAAAACUACACUGAAUGGAUUUUUCAUGGUGAGGAAGAAUCCUGGGAUGCUAAUGAGUUUGAUGAUGAUGUCAAUGAAGUGCAAAGGGACGAGUACGUUGAUGACAUGGAUGAGAUGUUAGAUGACAUUAGACUUGGAUCAUUUCCAAAUGUGGAGCCAAUAGAACCUAGUACCAGUGAAGGUCCCACCUAUGAAGAGCCUAGACCAAAAAAUUUUGAUCAAUUAUUGGAAGAUGCCAGACGUCCACUCUAUCCAGGAUGUGCUAACUUCUCAAAGUUAUCAUUCAUUGUGAAGUUGUUGCAUAUAAGGACGAUUGGAGGGUGGAGUGUUAAAUCAUUUGACAUGCUACUAAAGUUGUUGAAAGAUUCGUUCCCGGAUGCACUUUUGCCUGACUCAUACCGCGAGUCACGACGGAUGGAGCGGGCCCUUGGUUUUGGUUAUAUGAAGAUUGAUGUAUGUCCAAAUGAUUGUAUACUAUAUUGGAAGGAAAAUGCUGACAAGCAUGAUUGUCCCAAAUGUGGUAUGUCAAGAUGGGUAACACCCACAACUAAACAAAAAAAAAUCCCACACAAAGUACUUCGAUAUUUUCCGUUAAAACCAAGGUUGAAGAGGUUGUUUAUGUCGAAAAAAACAGCAGUAUCCAUGAGGUGGCACAAUGAACAUCGUGUUGAGGAUUCGAAUGUGAUGAGGCAUCCACGUGACUCAGUAGGGUGGAAGGAAUUUGAUCAAGAGCAUAUCUCAUUUGCGAGUGAUGCGAGAAACGUGCGCCUUGGUCUAGCCAGUGAUGGGUUCAACCCUUUUAAUAAUAUGAGCAAACCUUAUAGUGUAUGGCCAGUAAUACUUGUUCCUUACAACCUACCACCAUGGUUGUGCAUGAAAGACCAUUUCUUCAUGAUGUCUCUUUUAAUUCCUGGACCAAAGGCGCCGGGCAAUGAGAUUGAUGUGUAUUUGCGGCCUCUUAUUGAUGAAUUGGUUGAUUUGUGGGAAAAUGGUGUUGAUACGUAUGAUGCAUCAACAAAACAAAUGUUUCAAUUACAUGCAGCUUUGUUGUGGACGAUUAAUGACUUUCCUGCAUAUGGAAAUCUAUCUGGCUGGAGCACGAAGGGAAAAUUGGCAUGCCCUACUUGUAAUGGUGACACAGACUCUUUGUGGUUGAAAUAUGGUCGAAAGCAUUGUUACAUGGGUCAUCGUCGUUUCCUAUCUCCAGAACAUAGUUGGAGGAGGAAGAAGGCUAAUUUUAAUGGCAAUAAUGAUCACCGCAUGCCACCUUGUGAAUUAUCUGGCCACGAUGUCCUGGAUCAACUAAAUAAUGUUGGAGAUAUAUUAUUUGGCAAAGGUGGAAGGAAGAGAAAGCGACGACCUGAUGAACUUAAUUGGACAAAAACAAGUAUCUUUUUCCAAUUACCUUACUGGUCAACAUUGAAACUUCGACAUAAUCUUGACGUCAUGCAUAUUGAGAAGAACAUCUGUGACAACGUCUUGGGAACUUUGAUGAGUAUUCCAGGCAAAACAAAAGAUUCUGUUAAUGCACGCAGGGACUUGAUGAUUCUUGGUAUAAAGAAGGAAUUACAUUUACAAGAACAUGGACAACGUCUUGUUAUGCCACCUGCAUGUUACACGUUACAAGGGGAUGAGAGGAAAGGCUUUUGCGAGUGGUUACAAGCUGUGAAAUUCCCAGAUGGAUUUGCUGGGAAUAUUGCUCGAUGUGUUACAUUAAAUGGUUGUAAAAUAUCAGGAAUGAAGAGUCAUGACUGUCAUAUUUUCCUACAAAGACUACUUCCUGUUGCUAUUGCCGGGUACCUAAGACCUGACAUUCGCUUGGCUUUGACUGAGUUAAGCACAUUUUUUAGACAGUUGUGCACACGCACAUUGUCUAUAGAUGUCUUGAACCGUCUUGAGAUUGAUAUUCCAAUCAUCCUUUGCAAACUUGAAAUAAUACUCCCUCCUGCAUUCUUUGAUGUAAUGGUGCACCUAGCUAUUCAUCUACCACGUGAGGCAUUGUAUGGAGGGCCUGUACAGUAUAGGUGGAUGUAUCCAUUUGAAAGGUAUUUAGGAAAAUUUAAGCGUUAUGUCCGAAACAAAGCCCGUGCUGAAGGCUCGAUUGCUGAGGCAUACAUUCACACAGAAUGCUUGUCAUUUUGCUCGAUGUAUCUCCAUGAUGUCGAGACUAGAUUUGAUCGAGAAGAAAGAAAUGUAGAUGUUUGUGAAGGACGUCAACAAUGUGAAUUUUCGAUAUUCACACAAAAGGUACGGCCAUUGGGUGCAUCAAAUCCUACUCGACCAGAUAAUAAAGUAUUUGCCAAACAAUAUUGGUAUGUACUCAACAAUUGUCCUGAGAUUGCCCAAUACCUAGAUGAGCAUCACAACAAAUUGACAGACGAAUGUGUCAAUAAUAUUGAGGAUGUGCAUGAAAGUCAAUUUCCUAUAUGGUUCAAGGAGCGUAUUAGGCAACUACGUAAUUCUAGUCCCGAAGAGGUGUCCGAUGAUCUGUACGCGCUAGCAUGUGGACCUGACCCAUGGGUUUCAUCAUAUACUGGUUGCAUUAUGAAUGGAACUAGGUUCCACACAGCACAACGUGAAGAACAUCGUCUUACACAAAACAGUGGUGUGCUUGUUCCUGGGGACCAUCAAGGUAGGCCUAUUGAGUACUACGGAGUUCUAAUGGACAUUAUUGUACUUAACUACCUAGGAUGGCGCCAUGUAUAUUUGUUCAAAUGUGAUUGGUUUGAUGUAUGUGAUAUGCGAAGAGGAGUUCGUGUUGGUAAUCACUUUACAAGUGUCGACUCAACUAGGAAAUCUUACAAGGAAGAGCCUUUUGUACUUGCAUGCCAAGCGUCACAAGUAUUUUAUCUCAAAGAUACGAGUUUAGGGAGAAAUUGGCUAGUAGUACAGAAGGUAACCACUAGGAAUGUUUAUGACAUUCCCAGCACAACAGUUGGGGAUGAGGAUGAGGAUCACUUGAUUGAGGAUGAAGCGUACCAGGAUGAAGAAUUUUCUCCACCAGCCCAUUUUGUAAUGGAAGAUGAUACAUGUCUAGAUAUGCCUUUGCAUCGAAACGAUAUAGACCCGAUUUUAGUUGAUGAUAUAGUCAUGUUAGACCACCCCGAUCCAAGAGUUGAGGAAGAUGAGUUUCUUAGUAACUACUCAUCGGAGGAUGACAGUGAUUGGAAUAGUGACAACACUGCAGAUUCAAGCGGAGAGGAUGGUCAUAGUGAUCAUGAAAACUUACUCUAA